CAGGCGCCGUGGGAGCUGGGAGCGAUUUAAAACGCUUUGGAUUCCCCAGGCCUGUGUGGGGAGAGCGAGCUGGGUGCUCCCUAGAUCCCCCACCCCUGGCUCCCCAUGAGCCGACUCUUGGCUCCAUGGAGCACGGCAAUUAUGCCACCUUGGACGGGGCCAAGGAUAUCGAAGGUUUGCUGGGAGCCGGAGGGGGUCGGAAUCUAGUCGCCCACUCCCCACUGGCCAGCCACCCUGCGGCGCCUACGCUGAUGCCCGCUGUCAACUAUGCUCCCCUGGAUCUGCCAGGCUCUGCGGAGCCACCAAAGCAGUGUCACCCGUGUUCUGGGGUGCCCCAGGGGGCGUCCUCAGCUCCUGUGCCUUACGGCUACUUUGGAGGCGGGUACUACUCUUGCCGAGUGUCCCGGAGCUCGCUAAAACCCUGCGCCCAGACGGCCACCCUGGCCGCCUACCCUGCGGAGACUCCUGCCGCUGGGGAGGAGUACCCCAGCCGCCCCACCGAGUUUGCUUUCUAUCCUGGCUACCCGGGACCUUACCAGCCUAUGGCCAGUUACCUGGAUGUGUCUGUGGUGCAGACCCUGGGAACCCCUGGGGAGCCUCGCCACGACUCCCUGCUUCCCGUGGACAGUUACCAGCCUUGGGCCCUGGCCGGUGGCUGGAACAGCCAGAUGUGUUGCCAAGGUGAACAGAACCCACCUGGUCACUUCUGGAAAGCUGCAUUUGCAGAGUCCAGCGCGCAGCACCCUCCGGAAGGCUGUGCCUUCCGCCGUGGCCGCAAAAAACGUAUUCCCUAUAGCAAGGGGCAGUUGCGGGAGCUUGAGCGGGAGUAUGCGGCUAACAAGUUCAUCACCAAGGACAAGAGACGCAAGAUCUCGGCAGCCACCAGCCUCUCAGAGCGCCAGAUUACUAUCUGGUUUCAGAACCGCCGGGUCAAGGAGAAGAAGGUUCUAGCCAAGGUCAAGACCAGCGCUACACUGUGAGCGCUGGAGGGGGUGGGCAGGGGAAGAGGGGUUGUUCUGGUGAAAAUUGGAAGCCUGCCAGGGCCAGGACCGGCCAAGGACUCUGCUGAGGGGCCCCAAAGGAUGACACCCUUGGUAGCCUACCGACUCUUGGAGUGUACAUUAGGGGCAGCCUGGGCACCCUGCAUGUGCCAGGAGAGUGAGGCCCAGAGUUACAAUCCACUCCACCAGGGUUCCAAAGAACCUGUGUCAGUCAUAAUCAUCCAUCCUAACAGUGUGAUAAUCACAUAACCAGUACUAGUUGUCAUAAUUAGUCUCAUAUUUUCUAUCUAGAGCUCUGUAGAGAACUUUAGAAACCGCUUUUGUGAAUUGAGCUGAUUGUGAAUAAACUUGGGAGAAGAUCUUUUUGUAAGA